AUGUUGGCCCCCGUGAGCCCCAGCGACUGGAUGCCGAAUGUCGUGGUAACUGGGGACUCACACGUCUUGGCCUCGAUGGUUCUGUCUUGCUUGAACGCGGUCGAGAUCAAGUACAUGGCGAAGAACGAGAUGAUGCCGACGUACGGGCGUUUGAAUGAUGGCGCUGGCCAUGCAUCCAAAGGUUUUUAA